AUGUCGACAUCUGAGGAUAAAGUUGAAAUAUCUGAGAAGAAAGUGGAAAUCGUCGAUAGAGGUCACAAGGAAGAGGAAAAAGAAGAAGGGAAAGGUGGAUUCCUCGAUAAGGUGAAAGAUUUCAUUCAUGACAUUGGUGAGAAAAUCGAGGGAACCAUUGGGUUUGGGAAGCCAACUGCUGAUGUCUCUGCUAUACAUAUCCCUAAGAUCAAUCUCGAGAGGGCAGAUAUCGUUGUAGACGUGCUCGUGAAGAACCCGAAUCCGGUUCCUAUCCCUUUGAUCGAUAUUAACUACCUGAUCGAGAGCGAUGGGAGGAAACUUGUUUCUGGAUUGAUCCCUGAUGCUGGAACAAUCAAGGCUCAUGGAGAAGAAACUGUGAAGAUACCAUUGACUUUGAUCUAUGAUGACAUCAAGAGCACUUACAACGAUAUUAACCCCGGGAUGAUCAUACCGUACAAGAUCAAGGUUGAUCUGAUUGUGGAUGUGCCAGUGUUGGGAAGACUGACAUUGCCGAUGGAGAAACAUGGGGAGAUCCCGAUUCCAAAGAAACCCGAUGUUGAUAUCGAGAAGAUUCAGUUCCAGAAAUUCUCCUUGGAAGAAACCGUGGCGAUUCUCCACGUGAGGCUUGAGAAUCUGAAUGAUUUCGACUUGGGGCUUAACGACUUGGACUGUGAGAUUUGGUUGUGUGAUGAAAGCAUUGGGAAAGCAGAGAUAUCGGAUUCGAUCAAGCUUGAUAAAAACGGAAGCGGAUUGAUUAAUGUGCCAAUCACAUUCCGACCAAAGGACUUUGGUUCCGCGCUUUGGGAUAUGAUCCGUGGUAAAGGAACUGGAUACACUAUCAAAGGUAAUGUUGAUGUUGAUACACCAUUUGGAGCUAUGAAGCUUCCUAUUAUCAAGGAAGGUGGCACGACCCGUCUGAAGAAAGAAGACGAUGACGACGACGAUGAGGAGUAA